UGGGACUCUGGCUGCAGCCGCGGGAGGUCCGGACACUGGCGGCCAUGGGACUCGCCGGUACUAGACGACACAUAACCGAGUUGCACUGAGGACAGAUGCCUAAACCAUCUCAGCAUGGCCUAUAGAGGAGGACGUGGGCAUGGCCAGCCUCCCUCAGCUCUGCGCUCCCGUGUUAGCCCUGGAAGUCUGUCGACAUGUAGGACCCGCACCCAUAACAUAUGCAUGGUGUCGGACUUUUUCUACCCUAACAUGGGAGGCGUGGAAAGCCACAUUUACCAGCUCUCUCAGUGCCUGAUUGAAAGAGGGCACAAAGUGAUCAUUGUCACCCAUGCUUAUGGAAAUCGGAAAGGCAUCCGUUACCUCACUAAUGGCCUCAAAGUCUAUUACUUGCCUCUGAAAGUCAUGUACAACCAAUCUACAGCCACGACCCUUUUUCAUAGUCUGCCGUUGCUCAGGUGCAUAUUUGUUCGGGAGAGAGUCACAAUAAUCCAUUCACAUAGUUCUUUUUCUGCCAUGGCCCAUGAUGCCCUCUUCCACGCCAAGACAAUGGGGCUCCAGACAGUCUUCACGGACCAUUCCCUUUUCGGAUUUGCUGAUGUCAGCUCGGUGCUCACAAAUAAGCUUCUAACUGUGUCUCUUUGUGACACAAACCAUAUAAUUUGUGUCUCUUACACUAGUAAGGAAAACACUGUGCUAAGAGCAGCACUGAAUCCUGAAAUAGUGUCCGUCAUUCCUAAUGCUGUAGAUCCUACUGACUUCACUCCAGACCCAUUUAGAAGGCAUGAUAGUAUAAUAACUAUUGUUGUUGUCAGCAGACUUGUUUACAGAAAAGGGACUGAUUUGCUUAGUGGUAUAAUACCUGAACUCUGUCAGAAAUAUCCAGAUUUAAAUUUCAUAAUUGGAGGAGAGGGACCUAAGAGAAUCAUUUUGGAAGAAGUACGAGAAAGGUACCAGCUCCAUGACAGAGUGCGUCUCUUGGGAGCCUUAGAACACAAGGAUGUUAGAAAUGUCUUAGUUCAAGGACAUAUUUUUCUCAAUACUUCCCUUACCGAAGCAUUCUGCAUGGCGAUUGUGGAAGCAGCCAGUUGUGGUUUACAGGUUGUAAGUACCAGGGUUGGUGGAAUUCCUGAAGUACUUCCAGAAAAUCUUAUCAUUCUGUGUGAGCCUUCCGUCAAGUCCUUGUGCGAGGGUUUGGAAAAAGCGAUUUCCCAGCUGAAGUCAGGAGCAUUGCCGGCUCCCGAAAAUAUCCAUAACAUAGUAAAGACUUUCUACACCUGGAGGAAUGUUGCGGAAAGAACUGAAAAAGUGUACGACCGCGUGGCAGGAGAAGCUGUGUUACCAAUGGACAAACGACUGGACAGACUCAUCUCUCACUGUGGCCCAGUAACAGGCUGCAUUUUUGCUUUGUUGGCUGUAUUCAACUUUCUAUUCCUCCUUUUCCUGAGAUGGAUGACUCCAGAUUCUAUCAUCGAUGUCGCAAUAGAUGCCACAGGGCCCAAGGGCGCCUGGACUCAUCAAUAUCCUUACAGUAAAAAAGGGGGCGAGAAUAAUGAGAUGUCUAAACCCAGUUAGAAGAAAGCCUGGAUUGUAAGGUUUUACACAUUUGUAAUAGUCCUAGUAAGACGAUGGAAAAUAACCUUGCUUUUUUCUUUUUUUUUUAAAGUUAA